AUGCGCCGCGCCAGCGAGGUGAGCGACUCUUUCGAGGACAGCAGCAGCGAGCAGCAGCAGCAGCAGCAGCAGCAGCACUGCCGCAGGAGGACCCGCAAGCAAAGGAGGCGCUCUAGAAGCGACAAAUACAGGAAGCAGCAGCAGCAGCAGCGGCAGCGCAGCGGCUCGCCCUGCGAGCAGCAGCUCCGGGCAGCAGCAGCAGCAGCAGCAAGCCGCGGCAGGAGAGACGCAGCAGCAGACGAGCAGCAGCUGACUUGGGAUGUUGCUGCUGCUGCUCUUUCAAGGGGCAGCAGCAGCAGCAAAGCUGCAUGCAGCAAAUUCUUAACUGCAGCAGCAGACUGGCUCCUCGAGCUGCUGCUGCCCCUGUGGGAGGACUUCAGGGGAUCGACGCUCGUAAGCGCUUAG